GCAGUGGAUUCAUACAUAGCGGUUUCACUCCAAAGCAACUCUUGCUGAUAUUCGUCUCCCGCCUCUUUGAAGAAGAUGGCUUCUGCAAACAGCUGGGACCAGGGAGGUCGUCUCAGCAGAGAGGAUUUCAAGAAGCGACAAGAGCUGGAGGAGCUUAGAAAGUCUGGAGCGAUCGAGCCAGAGCGAGAUGAGGAAGGAAAUGAGAUCAACCCUCACAUCCCACAGUACAUGUCCUCUGCGCCAUGGUACUUGAACUCCAAGGGACCCACUUUGAAACAUCAAAGGAAUCUCAAAGUUCAGUCCAUCACUGAGGGAGUUGCGGCUCGUGCAGUCCAGCCGGUUGGGAAGGGGAAGACCGUUUCGCGGACGAGGGACGAAUUCGGAGAGAAGAAGAAGUCCAAAGAUGAUGACACUGAUGCUCCUCGUGCAAACGGAUAUGAUACAACCUAUGCCGGCAAGCGCGACAGGUGGAACGGGUUCGAUGCGGAUAUGUACAUGAAGGUCGUGAAACGACACGAGCUGCUGGCAAAGGAGCGGCAGGCGUUGCGCGAGCAAAAUGUCGACAAGUCACUGCAGGAGGGAGAGUCUUCUGCGUCGAGAGUGAAGCAGAAGGACGAAAGUGACUCGUCGUCCUCUGACGAUGAGGACGAGCAGAAAGACGCGGAGAAGGCAGAGAUGAUCGACCAGGAUGGUAAAUUGGUAGGACAGCAACUUGACACUGGCCGACUGGGUAUGCAAACAAGAGUUUCUGUCAGAAAUCUCCGUAUUCGUGAGGACACUGCCAAGUAUCUUCGCAAUCUUGACGUGAAGUCUGCCUACUACGAUCCCAAGACUCGUUCGAUGCGUUCCAACCCUAAUCCAGACAAGAAUCCCCAUGAAUUGGAUUAUGCCGGUGAGAAUUUCAUCCGAUAUACAGGAGAUACUGUCAAGGUUGCCAAGCAGCAGCUGUAUGAGUUGGAGGCGUACGAGAGAGGACAGGAUGUGCACAUGCUGGGUAUGCCGACGCAGGCCGAGCUGCUGCACACCCAGUUCGAGGAUAAGAAGACGUCUCUGGUUGAAAAGCAAAAGAAGCAGCUCUACGAGCAUUAUGGCGGGCAGGAAUACGCAGAGAAAUCCAUUCCACGAGCUGUCAUCUUUGGGAACACCGAGCAGUAUGUGGAGUACGCUGAUGAUGGUACCAUCGUUAAGGGUCAGGAGCGAAGGGUCUUGAACUCCAAGUACGAGGAAGAUAAGAUGACCAACAACCACACCAAAGUCUGGGGCUCCUUCUGGUACAACGGCAAGUGGGGAUACGCUUGCUGCUGUCAGUUCAUCCGCAACUCGUACUGCACGGGCAAGACGGGCAUCGAGGCCUUUGAAAAGCAGAAGGGAAGCCGGAUGGGUCUGACUCCCUUCUUCGAGAACUCAAGCCAGAUGGUUGCGACGAUGCAGGCUCAGAUCCAGAACCAGAAGCAAGAGAAGAAGGACAAGUCUGAAGGCUCCAAGAAGCUUGCCAUCGGCGAUCGCAUGGUCGGACGCUCGUCCGACAGUUUUGACAAGAAGGCGCUAAAGAAGGCGCUCAAAGACGAGGAGAGGCGUGAGAAGCAUGACGGAGAGGCGGACGAGAGGAAGAGGAAGUACAACAGCCUUUCGACCACAGACGUGACGGAGGAGGAGAUGGAGGCAUACAUGCUCAAGAAGAACCGCGGGGACGAUCCGUUAGCUGGGUUGAGCAAGGGUGCCAACAACGGCUACGACUUUGUGUAAGAGCUACUCUAGUUUGACUCUACUUGCCCGCGAUGCUGCUGCAUCGCUAACAUGAACUAAGAGUGAAAUGCAUCAUAAACUCU